AAUGUCGUCUCCGACAUCAUUAGAGGAGGACGGAGAUAUUAAGCUAAAAACGAGGUUUCAAGGACAGGUAGUAGUACUCUAUGCUCGACCACCGCUCAUUCUCGAUGACUUUUUUGCACUUUUGAAAGAUGCUUGUAAACAACACAAAAAACAAGAUAUUACUGUAAAAUGGAUUGAUGAAGAUGGAGAUCCAAUCUCAAUAGACUCACAAAUGGAACUUGAUGAAGCAGUUCGAUGUUUGAAUUCUAGUCAAGAAGCCGAGUUGAACAUUCACGUUUUUGUUGGAAAACCAGAGCUGCCCGGGCUUCCGUGUCAAGGAGAAGACAAAACUGUAUAUCGAAGAGGUGCUCGACGAUGGAAGAAAAUUUAUCUGUACAAUGGGCAUCGAUUCCAAGCGAAACGGCUGAAUCGCCGUAUUCAAUGCUUUAUUUGUCAUGACUACAUAUGGGGAAUUGGACGGCAAGGCUUUCGAUGUGUGGAUUGUCGUUUAUGCGUGCACAAAAAAUGCCAUCGGCAUGUGCGAACGCAUUGUGGUCAGGCUCUCCAAGGCCCGAAUAUUAUCCCAAUGGCUCCUGCAAGUGGUUCUCUAAAGGGUGCUCGAUCGAAUACAAGCUCAUCUACAACGCGGUCGGGUGGAGGAAUUGAUAACGGAGCAUUCCACGAGCACGAAAUCGAAUCACCCGGAUCCACGAGUCAUGAUGCUAGCAGAGCUAUGAAUGGAAAUGGGUCGUCAAAAUGGGCAGUUUCUCUGAACGAUUUCCGUCUUUUAACAGUUAUUGGACGUGGAUCUUAUGCAAAAGUUGUGCAAGCAGAACAUGUUUCAACUCGUCAAAUUUACGCGAUAAAAAUUAUCAAAAAGGAGAUGUUCAAUGAAGAUGAAGAUAUCGAUUGGGUACAGACGGAGAAGUCAGUAUUCGAAGCAGCGUCAAAUUAUCCAUUCCUUGUUGGAUUACAUUCUUGCUUCCAGACCGAAUCCCGCCUGUUCUUUGUCAUCGAAUUCGUUCCUGGAGGUGAUCUGAUGUUCCACAUGCAACAGCAACGGAAGCUUCCAGAAGAGCACGCUCGAUUCUAUUCGGGUGAAAUAAUUCUUGCUCUUCAUUUCCUUCAUUCUCGCGGAAUCAUUUAUCGUGAUCUCAAAUUGGACAAUGUUCUGAUUGACGCUGAAGGACACAUAAAACUGACAGAUUAUGGAAUGUGUAAAGAGAAUAUUAAGGAUGGAGAUUUAACUUCAACUUUCUGUGGAACACCCAAUUAUAUUGCACCAGAAAUAUUGAGAGGUGAUGAAUAUGGAUUCAGUGUUGAUUGGUGGGCAUUGGGAGUGUUAAUGUUUGAAAUGAUGGCUGGUCGAUCUCCAUUCGAUAUUGUUGGAAUGCAGAAUUCCGAGGAAAAUACAGAAGAUUAUCUUUUCCAAAUCAUUCUUGAACGACAGAUUCGAAUCCCUAGAUCACUUUCUGUACGGGCUUCUGGUAUUCUAAAGGGAUUCCUGAACAAGGAUCCAACAGAACGUCUGGGAUGUAAGCUUGACAUUAAUGAAGGUCUUCGUGAUAUGAAAGAACAUCAAUUCUUCCGUGGAUUCAUUGAUUGGGAAGCUUUGGAACAGAAGGCUGUCGCACCUCCAUAUCAUCCAGCUGUGGAAAGUGAUCGCGAUUUGACACACUUUGAUCAUCAGUUCACCGACGAACUUCCACAAUUAUCACCUGACAAUCCAGAUGUUAUUGCACGAAUUGAUCAAUCAGAAUUUGAUGGAUUUGAAUACGUGAAUCCUCUACAAAUGAGUCGGGAAGAUUCAGUCUGAUUCCCCCACCAUCCCCCGAGUCCCAAAUAUUUAUUUUCUUCGGUAUACUUUUUUGUGAUUUUUAUUAUUAUUCUCGAAUCCCAUCUCCUUCGCCCACUGUCUUAUACGAUACUAUGACACACUAACUCGUGGCAUAAUCAGUAUCCUAACUUAUUUUCUUUUUCUCAACAUCUGUUAUACAUUUUCUCGCAACAAUCACUUCUACUCGUCUUGUGGUAUCUUACAAUCCCGAAAAGGUUGUGAUUUUUUUUGGUUUCUGUUAAAAUCUAGACUAUUCAUACUUGCUAGGAAUACCUAAUGCUUGAUGACCUCCCCUUCUAAAUACACCUUCUUGUUACUUUUCUUGUCAGCUCAUUCAUUUCCCUGAAAUAUAUGUAAAAUUGCGGCGAAGACUACGAUCAAUGUAGUCUCUUCGCCAUCUGACACUUCUUUUGUGCCACGUGUGGAACUCGAUUUAACUUCAAUUCAAUUUACAUGUUCUUCCAUUUGACCACUUCCCUUACUUAUUUAUUGACAAACAAAAAAAAAUUGCAUUUC